CUACCUCCUCUCGCGCGUCUCCCUCGCUCUCUCUCCCUCACUCUUUCCCCUUCCUCUCUCUCCCUUCCUUCCAGCCCACACUUCCCACACAAUUGACGCUUGCGCGCGCUGCAUAAUUCUCGAGAUACCCCUUCAGCUUGCGCAUUCCAGUACUCUGCAUCACUUCAGUCAGCAUCCCAGCCUGCUGCAAACAGCGCGAGUGCAACAACAAAGACACGCGAAACGACUCUUCACGAACACCACCACCUUCGAGCAUAGCCCAGCUAUCAGAAUAACGACAACACAACCGCCAUCAUGACCUCGAAAUCGGUCAACGUGCCCACCGACCCCAAGGUGAAGGAGAAGGACAUCAACGCCAAGCUCCAGCUCUAUGGAAUCUACUCAGCUUUCGCUAAGGGCAAGGCUCCCACGAACCAGCAGAUUGAUGUUGCGAUGAACUCGGCGCUUUCGUGGAAGGCGCUGCAAUCCCCACCCACAAAGCUUUCGCAGGACGGUCAGGUACUCGUCCAUGAUCUCCGUGAUGUGAUCGAGAAGGCAAAGCUUCUGCUUUUGACCAAGAACGAGGGCGAUCUCAUCCAGGAUUUCAUUUGGCAGACACAAGGCAUCGGUGCUGGCAAUGCCUCAACACCAGGUGCUCCAAUCGACAAGGAGACUGCACAACAGCACGGCCAGCAGGCCCUCGAGGGUCUGCGUACUCUGGGCCAACUCAUCAUCACCAAUGGCCAGUUCCGCAAGCUACUGAGCGACUCCGUUGUGCUGUUCCGUGACAUGGCCGGCGAUGCCGCACAGAACGCAGCAUCUGCCAUUAACCCAGAUGAGCAGCGUCUCAACCAGAUCGAUGAGCCAGCCGAAGAUAACACCUGGCAUGAGGCUCCGGAUCUCAGCACGGGUAAUAUCAAGAACCAGGUCAAGUCCGCCAUGCCAAUGAGCAAGUCAGAGGCAAAGGGCCAUGUCAAGGAUGUCGCAGGUGAUGCCACUCAGGCUGCACACCCAGCUGGCUCUCGCGAUCCCGCUGAUGCUGCAGAUCUCGCCCGCCAAGAGCAGCAGACUGGCGUCCAGACUGGUAUCGAUGGCAAGCAAGGUGCCAAGGUCGCCGCAGACCGUACUCAACAGAAAGCCCAGAAGACAUGGGAUGAGAUGGACGAGAACGACAAGCAGCAGGUUCGCGAAUACCGUCAGAAGACCAAGGAAUACUUCCAGAAGAAGGUGCCAAAGGAGCGUCGCGAGCAGACCAUUUACCGCCUGAAGAAGAUGAUUGUGGAGAUUCAGGGUCACCAGGACUAUCAACAAGCAGUUGACACGCUCCUCCGCUUGGCCGAGGAAUACACUGGCCACACUAAGGAUGUGGCGGCUCAAACGACGGGAGCCGUGAAAGGUGCCCAUAGCCAGGAUACCCUGAAAACCGCGGAAGCUAACCUCAGAACCCUUUUGGAGCGAUUCGCCAACAACACCUCGUUCGAUGACCUCUUCGAUUCCAUCAACCAGAUCUACCGAGACGCCGACAAGGACCCUGAACUCAAGGGCUUCUUCCGAAAACUCGAUGCAUUCAUCCGCCGCUGCCUCAAGGAGCAAGGCUACAUUCUCCAGGACGAGUCGAAUGAGGAGUGGAACAAGCUAUACGACCACGGUGACUUCCUCCUCCGCGAUCGCUACCGCGACCACACCAACCGUGUCGCCGACGAGACCAAGUUCUUGGCUGGUCAAUUCGAGGAGGACCGCCAGAACAAGGAGUUCGCAGCUUCGAUGGAGAAGUUGUUCAAGGAUCUGGGCAAUGACUCUGAGGGCAAGGCGGAGUUCAAGCCACAUUUGAUCAAAGAUCUCACCGAGGUCAUCAUUCCUGGCUUCUUCGAGAACGUCCGCUACGUUCCAAUCCCACGCAUCGAGGUUUCUGACCCACAGAUUGAUGCUAUUGUGGAGAACCUGGUCCUCGAGGGCGACAAUCUGGCUCCAAACAUGUUCGAGUUCGGUUCUGAUAACUACUGGCGCUGGGGCCGCAAGGGCUUCCAAUCGAAGAACAAGAACAAGGUCAUGCUCGCAGUCUCAGGUAUCCAAAUGGACCUCAAGGACGUCGCCUACUACGUCAAGAAGAAGCAAGGCUUUCCUUCCAUCACCGACAAGGGAUUGCUGGAUAUCUUCCUUGGUGGCACUGGCCUCAGCUUCAAGGUGGCCAUGGAGACCGCCGACAAGAAGGAUCGCAGCCACUUCUUCAAGAUCAACACCAUCAAUGUUGAUGUGAAGAAUGUGAACAUCAAGGUCAAGCAGUCUAACCACAAGUUACUGUUCAGUCUGUUCAAACCAGUCCUUCUCAAGGUCCUGCGACCAGUGAUCCAGAAGGUGAUUGAAAAGCAAGUCCGGGACAGCGUUGGCAAGCUUGAUGCGUUCUUGUAUCAGGUGAAGCAAGAAGUUGACCGCGCUACGGAAGAGGCGAAGAACAACCCGGACCCAGAACAUCUCCAGAGUAUCUACCAGAAGUAUUUCAAUGCCUUCCAGGCGCAGAUGCAGAAAGGUCAAAAGAAGAAGGAGGCCGCCAAGGAGAAAACCAAGGACACGAACGUGAAUGUGGCUAUGACCCAGAACGAUUCGAUCUUCAAGAACAUCUCCCUUCCAGGUGGCAUCUCUACCAAGGCUACCGAGUACCAGCAGCUUGCCGCUAAGGGCGAAAAGUGGGAGAGCCCAGUCUUCAGCAUUGGCACGGCUAGCCCAACUAAGAGUUUGCCCCCUGCUGGUAAGGUUACCCGCAAACCCCACAACGUCACUCAGAGUGGUCUGAGAGGUCCCUCUUCUGGCGCACAGCAGAGCAGUACUUCCGGCGGCCUAUCAUCGGGUAAUCUGACCCAGAACACCGGAGUCCCAAACACCUACGGCUCCCAGAGCACAGGAGUCCAGGACACGUACGGUUCUAGCAGUGCAGAAGGUCGCCAGAUUGGCGGCACCGCACCCUACACAGACUCGAUGAAUGGUGGUGCUUCGCGCAUCGGCGAGAACAAGUCGGUCACGGGCCAGCCAAAUCUUUCUUUCAGCAACCAGGUUGAUGGCGCAUUCCAGCCCACUCGUCAAAUCUAAAGGAGGAUGUGCGCGUUCAUUACGCCAGUGCCUUGUCGUACCAGUCGGCUUGAUACUGGAAAAUGCCAUGGCUGCCGUUUGGUGUUGGCGAUGAGAUACCCAAUUCGUUUUGCUGUUGCGACUGCUGCGUUCCGAAAAACAAUUGAUCAGUACCAGUGCCACUCAGUUAAUCAUACUGCUCGCGUUGGGCUUUAGUUGUCGUUUUAGUCAAGUCAUUUGCAAUACAACACACGAGGGAGUGAUGUUCUGUCUACCAUUUCCACUUACUGCACGCUGAAACGUACCCAAUUGUGCGCAAUACAUGUAAUCAGACCAUCCGGUCCUCUUCAGAAGACCUCCUCGGUCACCCUUCUGCCAUACCAAUUUCCAAGCUCAUCCUCUUUCUCGAGAUCGUCAUCAUCGCCAUCAUUGGCACCGGUGAAGUAGCCGGUCAAUUUCAUAUUAUCAUUUUCUUCGGCGUCAUCGGCCUCUGGCCAAUCGACUCGGCAAGGAGCGCCUCUGACUUCGAGUAACUCCUUGGCCGUACCCCAACUGAAGCGACAUUCAUUCCCCCAACCAAAGACCGGAUCCAUGUUAUUCUUGAGCCAAUUCGCACAACGUACAUCACUGGGAUAUCCAGAUCCCCAUGCCAUUGUUGUUGUUGUUGUUUUCACCUCGGCAGAAUCGUUUCUUCUUCUUCUUUCUUCUUCUUCCGCAGAUUUCAUAUACAACACCUCCAACGCCGCAUCCCUCGUCACUUUCGCACACACCGACGCCGCCGACACACACGGAAAUAAACUAUCUGCCUUUUUCGCCACGGUAAUUUUCACCGCGGGGAAAAUUUUCUCGAGUUUCGCUUGAUAGAUUUCGGGUUUUCCGAUCGUGUCA